AUGGCCUCGACCAAGUUCUACGGCGCCCAGCUCGGCGGCAAGACCGUCAUCAACUACAGCUACACCGACUCGCCGCUGAGGCUGCUGAGGUGGGACAUAUUCUACUUCUUCAAGUUCGCCUGGGCAUGGCUCUACAUUGUCUGGCCCUUCACGCCCACCGAUUCUGGCGCCCUCGAUGAACUGGCCCUGACCCUGCCGAAUGUGUGGGCCAUGUUUGUGCACGCUGUGCUCUUCGUCCUGCAGCUGGCCUUCCUCCUCUCGAUCCCCUUUGCCCUUGUUCUACCAGCGUAUCUCACCGGUCUGGCCAUGGCCAUCUUCUUUACCUUUAACUGGCUUCUGUGCAUGCUACUGAAUGGUUCGGGUGUCGAAUACACCUCUGAUCCCAAGUACACCCCGGACGCAGAAGCCUACGCGAACGAGCAAUGGGUCUUUUUGAAUGGAGUGGCCGUGGGGAGCGGCAUCAUAUUCGAUGUGAUUGAAUGUCUGAUUCAGCGCAAUUUCGGCUACGCCACCAACGAUAUCCGCGUGUGCUACAAGAUAGUCAAGGAGAAGCUGUACAACCCUCAGUUCUCCAAGGUCGUCUUCAUCUUGCACUCGCAGGGCGGCAUCGAGGGCGGUAUGGUGUGUGACUGGCUCCUCCAGGAACUGCCGCAAGACCUGCUGGCCAAGCUCGAGGUCUACACCUUCGGCUGUGCCUCGAACCACUUCAACAACCCGCAUCGCCACGUCAACUGGCAGCACCAAGCACUCAGCCAUCCCGUCCAGGCAUCCGCGGACACUGCUGCCCCUCCAGUCCCGAGCACGACGCCCAAGAAGGGAGCCGGCCGCACGAACGGAGCCAGCAAGAACGACAGGCGGACGUCGCCGUCCCAGGCCCAGGCCAACGGGACGGACUGUCGCACGCAGGCGCUGCGGCUGCUGACCGAGACGUCGUCGCUCCACCCGACCGACACCAGCGGCCUCGCCAUCGGCCACAUCGAGCACUACGCGCACACCACCGACUUUGUCGCCGUGUGGGGCAUCCUGCACUUUGCCACCACGGCCCGGUCCUCGCACAUGCUGCCGCGCUUCAAGGGCCGGGUCUUUGCGCGCACGUCGCCCCGGGGCGGCCACCAGCUCUGCCAGCACUACCUCGACGGCAUGUUCCCGCUCGAGCGGAACCCCAAGACGGGCGAGUUCCUGGGCGCCGCCGAGAAGGGCAACGAGUUCAUGGAGAGCGACAUCGUGCUGGGCCGGGACGGGGACGAGAGCGCCGACGUCAGGGAGGCGUAUCAAGGCUCCUGGAUCGGCGAAGCUCUCGCCGAGACCCCGGACGACAUGGCGGCGGCCGCGGACAGCACGGUCAAGAUCCACGGCGGGACCCCCGUCGCCAGUCGGAGCGGCACGAGGAGGGUCAAGGUCAAGGAUCUGAGCCGGCUGUGGCUCUACCGCAACGGCAGGGUCCCGGACGAAAAGCCGCCCCUGCUGCACCAGGAACCGGACGGAGUGGUCAGGGGUGCGACUCUGUAG